AGCAAUAUGGAUGCUGCCGCAAAGAAAUCCGUAUGGUGGCUGGCCAGCAUCCGGUGAAAUCGACAUUGUUGAGUCACGUGGUAAUGUGAACUUAACAGGAUCCCCUUGGUAACUCGGUAGGUGUGGACCAGAUGGGAUCCACAAUGCAUUGGGGUCCUUACUAUCCUCACAAUGGCGCACCCCUAACAACCACCACCAGAUAUGCAGAGAAUGGCACGUUUGGUACCCAUUUCCACGUAUAUGCCAUGGAGUGGAAUGAUAAAUAUCUUAGAUUCCUUUUGGAUGGUGAAGAAACAAUGUUUGUCGAUCCAGGUGCGGGCGGUUUCUGGGAAUAUGGCGGAUGGCAUGAGUCUUUGCCAGGCGACGAUAACCCUUGGGCUCAAGGAGACAAGUUGGCACCAUUUGAUAAACCUUUUUACAUCACUAUGAAUGUGGCAGUUGGUGGUACGACUGGGUACUGGGGUGAAAACCUAAUAAAUUCUCCUUGCCCUAAACCAUGGUCUAAUACUUCACCACACGCUCCAAAGGAAUUCUGGGAGGAUAACGCAUGCUGGUAUCCAACAUGGCGCCCUGACGAGAACAAUGGCGAAUACGCCGCAAUGCAGGUCGACUACGUUCGUUUGUACGAAAUCACCCCAACACAAUAAUAAACAAGACACAUUAAAAUGAUUGAAAUAAAUCGAAUUGUUCCUGUAUAA